UCGUUAUCGGCGUUAUCGAGCAAAGAUUUUUCACGAAAGAAUCGAAUCAAAAGCAAAUAAGAAUAAUAAUAAUAAUAAAAAGAAUAAUUGAAAUUGUGACUAAAAGUAUUGCGCGCGAAUGACUGAGCUUUGUAUUUGUUUGUGUUCACAGUUGUCGGAGCGGUGGUAGUUAAGAACAAAAAGGAAAUAAAUCUACGCCAAGGAAGUGGAGCAGGAGAAGCAGACGGAGGAGGAGGUGGAGGUGAAGUUGAUGGAAGGAGCACUAGCCUCGCCGCUGUAAUUACGCCAACUUUGUGGAGUUCAAGUUUACAUAGUUGAGCUGCGCGCCUGCAUUUGUGUGUGUGUUUGUGUGUGUAUGUUUUGUCUCUCUAUUUCGCUCUCUCUUAGUCGUUGUGUGUGUGUAUGUGUGUAACAACCCCCCAAGCCUAAGCUAAAUUGUUGGUUGCAAUUUUUAAGAGCAAUAGCCAAGAAGUUUGUGGGGGGAGGGGAAGCGCACCUAUCUCCUUUGUUCCAAUUCCUCAUACCGGCAGCACUUUGUGGCCAUCAGCUGGUUACGGAUUUUGUGACGGCGGCGAUAAUAACAACGCCGAAGUGGAUGCCCAUGCACGCGGUGGCCUGGGCAUUGCCCAGGACUUUGGCAUGGGUGGACCAGGGGCAGGUCCGCCAUCUCAUAUGUAUGGGCCACAAGAUAUCAUAGUGCGGGACAUGGUUCAGAUGCCACCGCCGCCACCAUCGAAUGCUCCGACAUCGGCCGAUGCCUGCCUGAGCAUUGUCCACUCACUGAUGUGCCAUCGCCAGGGCGGUGAGAGUGAAGGAUUCGCUAAGCGAGCCAUCGAAUCGCUGGUAAAGAAGCUUAAGGAGAAGCGGGACGAAUUGGAUUCCCUCAUAACGGCCAUCACCACAAACGGAGCGCAUCCAAGUAAAUGUGUGACCAUUCAGCGCACCCUCGACGGUCGGCUACAGGUGGCUGGACGCAAGGGAUUUCCACAUGUGAUCUAUGCUCGCAUCUGGCGUUGGCCUGAUCUCCAUAAGAACGAGCUGAAACAUGUCAAAUACUGUGCUUUCGCCUUCGAUCUGAAAUGCGACUCAGUUUGUGUGAAUCCCUAUCACUAUGAACGCGUUGUGUCGCCUGGCAUCGAUCUCUCUGGACUUAGUUUGCAAUCGGGUCCCAGUCGCCUGGUUAAAGAUGAAUACUCGGCUGGACCAUUAGUGGGUGGCAUGGAUAUUGAUGGCACAGAUAUUGGCACCAUACAGCAUCAUCCCACGCAGAUGGUGGGGCCAGGAGGUGCCUAUGGCUAUGCCCAAGGACCUGGUGAAUACGUUGGCGAUGCCUCAACCAAUCCCAUGAGUGCAAUGUUCGCCCAAGGGCGUACAAUACCAAAAAUCGAACCGCAGGAUGGAGUGGUGGCGGGGUCGCGUAGUUCAUGGAUGGUACCACCACCACCACGGCUUGGUCAACCACAACAGACUCAGCAGCAGCAACAGCAGCCCCCGCCGCCCUCUCAGCAGCAGCAGCAGCAAACACAGACCCAAUCUCAGGGUCCUCCCCACUCGCUUUCCGUACCACAUGGCAUGCCAGGUAUGCCCACCGGACCAAUGAAUCCGGGACCGGUUAUGGCGCCGCCACCCCCGCCCCAACAAGCUCAGAAUCCGCAAGGAAAUGGUGUCCAUCAUGGCCAGGCUAAUUCACCAACCGAUCCAUCUGCCAGUAUGGCCAUGCAGCAACAACAACAGCAGCAGCAACAACAACAACCGCCUGGAGGUGUUCCCAAUGGCCCUAAUGGACCAGUCAAUGCCGGCGCUGGUGCUGGAAAUGGAGGACAAUAUUAUGGCCCUCAACCCACGGCCAAUCAGAUGCAAAAUGUUAGUAACGAUGGCAAAUGUCCUCAAGUUUCGCCAUCUGUGCAUGCUCAGCAAAACGGUUAUGUACCCCAGCCAGGAUCUGCAGCUGCUGUGGCGGGUGCUGGUGGUUUUGGGGCAUCUGCUCCACCCAAUUCCCAACAGCAGCAGCAGCAGCAACAACAACAGCAACAGCAGCAACAAUCACCAGCAGGUGUGCAACCGCAAACAAAUGCUGCUGGUGCGACAAGCAGCCAGGUUCAAGGCGGAGGUAAUGCAGCUGCUGGUACUUGGACAGGUCCCAAUACUCUCACCUACACACAAUCAAUGCAGCCGCCCGAUCCACGCUCAUUGCCAGGAGCAUUCUGGAACUCAUCGCUAACGGGUGACCUGGCUUCACCACAGCAAGCGCCACAACAACAACCCCAGCAACAGCAGCCGCAACCACAACAACAACAGCAGCAGCCACGUUUGCUCUCCCGUCAACCGCCACCGGAAUACUGGUGUUCCAUUGCAUACUUUGAGCUGGACACUCAAGUGGGUGAAACCUUCAAAGUCCCGUCGGCAAAGCCAAAUGUUAUUAUUGAUGGCUAUGUGGAUCCCUCCGGUGGGAAUCGUUUUUGUUUGGGUGCCCUCAGCAAUGUUCAUCGAACUGAACAAUCCGAGCGUGCCAGGCUGCAUAUUGGCAAGGGCGUCCAGUUGGAUUUGCGAGGCGAGGGCGAUGUUUGGCUACGUUGCCUCAGCGAUAAUUCUGUGUUUGUACAAAGCUAUUACCUGGAUCGUGAGGCGGGUCGUACGCCGGGCGAUGCUGUCCACAAAAUCUAUCCGGCAGCCUGCAUUAAAGUUUUCGAUUUGCGACAAUGUCACCAACAGAUGCACUCACUGGCCACCAAUGCCCAGGCUGCCGCAGCUGCACAAGCAGCCGCCGUUGCUGGCGUCUCCAAUCAACAACAGAUGGGCGGUGGCGGUAGAAGCAUCACAGCUGCCGCUGGAAUUGGGGUAGAUGAUCUGCGUCGUCUUUGCAUAUUGCGUUUAAGCUUUGUCAAGGGCUGGGGACCUGAUUAUCCGCGACAAUCGAUUAAGGAGACACCGUGUUGGAUUGAGGUUCAUUUGCAUCGGGCUCUGCAAUUGCUUGAUGAGGUUCUCCACGCCAUGCCCAUCGAUGGACCACGUGCUGCUGCUUAAUUUACAAACAACAUGAAAUAUAUAUAAUAUAUAUUUACUAUCCAGCAACAUGUUUAAGUUCAAGAUUUAAGAUUUCAAGAGCAGCUAUCAUUCGUUUAAGUUUUUGUAGAAGGAGGCAACAACGAGAACCAACAAAAUGAAAGUAUAAGAGAUCAACUCGUUUUUAAUUUGCAAUUACUGAUUAUGUUUCUGCCUUUAAUUAUUUAAUAAUAAUUUUUAUAAAACAAAAACAAAAAAAAUGAAAUAAGAACAUUUGAGCCGUUUUGUAUGCAGCUGUAAAACACUAAGCAUCUAGUUUUAUGUACUAUAUAUAUUUAAAUAUACAUAUACACACACAAAUCACAUACACACCAAUAUCAACAUUAUCUCCGAUUUCUGACAAAUGGCCUAAAUUGUUGGAUUGCCAUUAUCCUGCCACAAUCAUACACAUGAAAUACAUAGCAUAACAACAAACCACAAGAUAAAACACAAGAGAACCAACUCAAACAUCGACUAAAAACACAUAAAAGAUGUAAAAUUCAACAUACAUAAAUACAUACAACAUAGAUAAGACAAACAAAAGCAUGUAGUUGUAAAAUAAAUGUAAUAAAAAAAAAAAAAAACAUAGAUCGCAACUAUUUAUAUUGCCAUAAGUACAGACGAAACAAGAUA